GAAUAAAACUAAAAAUAUAGUGUAUUUCUUAUUAUAUCAGUAAUAUCAGAGCUAGCUCACCUGUACCAAUGGCCAUGGGCAAUCACUUUCACCCAGCCUUGAGGGGUAUCCUUAAGGGACAUUGCCAUGCAAGAGGAGGAUCUUCACACACUUUAGAGAGGUAUGCUAGAAAUCCACUCCGUGAAAAAGUGGGACUGGUCUUUUCUAGUAUAAAAUGAUUGAUUGUCAAUCAUACACAGUUAUGUGGUGGUGUGCCCACUGUGGUGGGCUGACCUUGGCUGGGUGCCAGGUGCCCAUCAAGCCACUCCACCACUGCUCUCUCCCUUCCCAGCUGGACAUGGAGAGAGAGAAUAAGAUGGAAAACAACUCUUAGAUUGAAAUAAAGCAGUUUACUAACACAAAAGUGAAAGUAUGGGCAUGCAUAAGCAAAGAGAAAAAAAAAGAACUUUAUUCUCUACUUCCCAUCCACAAGAGAUGUUCAGCCACUUCCUAGGAAGUAGGACUUCAGCAGGUGGAGUGCUUGCUCCAGAAAGCAAACACUGUAAACAGCAAAAGCUGCUCACCCCAUUCCUCCUGCUUUCCUUAGCUUUCAUAUCUGAGCUGGCACCCUGUGGUAUGGAACAUCCCUUUGGUUAAUUUGGGUCAGCUCUCCCAGUUGCAUCCCCUCUCAGGAUCUUGCUGGCCCCCAGCUCCAUGACUGGUGUGUUAUCAACACCUUUCCAGCUGCCCAUGCAAAGCACAGCACUAUGAAAGCUUCUAAGGGAAAAUGAAGUCCAGCCCAGCCAGACCCGAUACACCUACUUGUCAAAAUAUGCUUUAUUGUUGAAAGAGAUAUUAUCAGCUCGUGGGUUUCUCCUACUCCACACUUCUGUGACUCACACUCCUCUCAGGGCCUGCACACCUGUACUGGUGUCAGCUCAGCCAGGAAGCACCUGCCUGACACUUGCUCAUGAUGGGUCUAAAUUGAGAUUGUUUAGCAAGAUGGUCUCGGCAUUCUUCAACACCAAAAAUCCUCUUUGCUCAGUCCAUCACCGCCAACUUGUAAAUGAGGCAAAAUUCAAGCUGCUGUACCCUAGCCUAGGCAGAAUGUCCUGCUACAGAUGCAUGAUGCUUGAAUAUAUGACUUCUUUGCACACCAUGCAAACUUAAAAUCUUCAUUUUACCCUUUUAAGUAGAGUGAAAAUGGAGUUUGGGUAACUGAAUGGUAACAACAACAUACUGUGUGGGUUCAGGGAAAAUGGAGUUUGGGUAACUGAAUAAUAACAACAACAUACUGUGUGGGUUCAGGGAAAAUCACUGGCAGACCUAUCAGACCCUCAUUCCUCCCAAAAGUACAUUUUGAAAUUACCCUUCCCCUGGCAGAGAGAGAGAGAGACCCUGCUUUUUGUUGCUUCAGGAAUGAGCACGUGAGGAUGUUCAGCUAUCAGACCCUCAUCUCACUAUUUUGUUUUUAUCUCAUGAAAGGGUUUUUUCUCUUUGAGAAAUGAAGGUAGAAUGGUGCUAGAAACUUGAUGACUAUCACAGCCAGCCCGGGAUUACGCUCCUGCAGGAAGAGCCAUUGUGCCUAUCCACAUCCAGUGACCAUCACACAAGGCAAGUCUCAGCCCUCCCUGGGACAGCUGGUAGAGUGACUGCUUUGGGGCACUGAGGAUGUUGGAGCCAAAGGAAGCCCUACCACUGCUUUUUGCUCCUGCAGUUCCUGUGUGGCCCACGGGGCAACCCUGCUCCUCCUGCACCACCACAGUCCAUCCCUGAAGAAACCAGGGCAGCCCCAUGCUGAGACAUCUGUGGAGACAACUGAGGAGGAAGGUAAUUGGGCCAGUGGAUGGUGACUGCUGCUGGAAGGAGACCCCAGCCCCAUUUCUCCUCAAGCACUUCCUCCUUCUUAAGGUAAUGAGAUCUUCAGGGAAAAUUGUGAAAAACAUCUAUUUAUUGCCUUCUCAAAAGAGGAAUUUGCAGUUGUUUCCUGUCUACCUUCCUUCUAAUGCAAUGAGAGAACCUGCCUGAAGCAGGACAGUGCUGAGCAGCUGCUGCUCUUCAAUUGCAGAGCUGGCCUUCUGGAAAAACCAUUCACCUCACAAUACCUCAUGGGAAUUGUUUAUUUAUACAAUGUGUACAAAAAAAGCCACAAACAGUUUUAACCUGAGGAAAAUACAAAUUUGAUACAAAGGAGAAUCUUUGUCUCAUAUUCUUAAGGAUGCUUAAAAGACCAGGGUAUUUCCCUCCCAAUAUCACUAUCUCCAUCCCAUUGGAGGAUAAAAGAAGACUUAUUCCAAAUGCAGCUGUCUGCAAGACAGCUGAAACUGGAGGAGUUAAGUACAUUAACAAGUUCAUCCCCUUGGUGAUCAGGACUUGUUUUAUCAGUAACUUGUGGUCACUGCAGGACAGACCUCAGCGACAGCAUGACCUUGGGCUUGCCAUUUCUUGGUAUUUCUUUCCUCCUUAAGUCUCUACAUUUCUUUGAGACAAAACAGUACCUUUUUAGGGGUACUUUAUUCCUGAACUAAGAUACCAUCUGGAAAUGGUCUUAGCAUGAUGCAUUUAAACGCACAAAUGUUCACAUAAAGUUUUUGUGCGUACAAAGUUGUCAGAGAAAAAACAUGAAUGUAACAGCUGCAUGUAAAACCUGGUUGUUUUUUACAGUGUUCCAUCAGUAUUUACCUUACCUUAUCAGUAUUCACAGCUUGUUUUCUCUCUGAUCAAGAUGUCAACAGUCCCUGCAUCUCACACUGUUCCUCUAUUAAACACCUUGCAUCAUUCUACAGCUUAUUUUGAUAAAAUUUGUUCAAAGCUCUACAUGGACAGAGAAUUGCCAAGUUUUCCCUGGCACUUUCUAUGGCUUCAUGACUGAGGCUGAUUAAAACAUCACAAACACAAAUUUUCUCUUCUCAAAAUCACCUGAAAAAAGACAAGAGUGCUUUUAGAUAAUUUUAUCCUCUCCUAUACCAUCCUGACUUAUUCCUGAGGCAUAUGACCCUAUUUCCUGGGCUUUGAACCACUUAAAACAUAGAAGUUAACUGAAAAAUAUAACUAUACCUUAGUGUCAAUUUAGUGAUCCCACAGUUUAGAGGCGUGAUACACAUCUGCUGGUAUGUGACAAAAGUAUGUUCCUAUUUGAUGUGGACUGUGACCAGUGUAGACCAGCCCUUUCCUGCCUCCACGGAGCUCACGAGCUGUCAAGCUGCAGAGGUAACCCACCUCACUGGGGACAGUUCAGUAAGCAGCACAGAUGAACUCCAGUGUGUCCUUGGCACCUCCAACUUCAGACAUCUGCAGCAAGCUGCCUUUGGAAUAAGUCUUUUCAUGCCAGGCUUCUGACUUGCUCUAGAAUUGUUUUGAAAAGCAAGAUACCUUGUUUUCUUUUGUCCAUGGAACUCCCAUUUUUUCAUGGAAAGAUAACAAGAAGAACCUGUGAAGAGCUGCUGAGCAAGAAGAAAAAGAAUGGCAGCUAUUUAAUACGGGAGAGUGAGAGUGUGGAAGGAGCCUUGUGUCUCUGUGUUUUCUUUGAGGACAUCAUCUACACUUACCGUAUCUUCAGGGAGCCCCAAGGAUAUCUUAGAAUACAGACUUCUGAAGGUGUUCCAGAGAGGACCUUCAAAACAUUAAAGGACUUAAUAUACAAUUUUGAAAAGCCAAAUCAAGGACUGGUAACAAACCUCUGCUACCCAGUGAAGAAAUCGAAUGCCAUGCAAAGAAGCCAGAAGUUCAAGUCAGGAAUGGACAACAUUUAUGAUGAAGCUGAUGACGGCGGUGAUUACAUCACUGUUUUACCCUGAAGGAUUUGCACACGUGAUGGUUUGGGAAGUCGUGGUUCCAGGAUGUGCCCCGACACAGCGCCUCAGCUGGGGAGAGCUUCCAGCUGGGUGUCCUCUGCUCUGGAUCUGAAUUACCCUCCUCCUCCUUAUGCAGACUGUCACAGUAGCUGCGUCUUCUACCAGUAUAUCCAGUACAAGCUAUUAUGCAUGUUUGCUCAGCAAUAAAAGAAGUACUUUUUGUUACAGACACAUACACACACACAUAGGUAUGGGGGGGAAGUAUCUUGUGUCCAUGUAUGUGUCUUCUGGUCAUUUUUAGCCAGCAAAUUGUCCAAGAUGUUGACUGUUAGAGUGAACAUUCUGUUAGAAGGCAGCAACAUAAAUGCAUUAAAUGAAUGGGCAUAAAGCAGUAAUUUAUGGCAGAAUUGAUAGGUGUUGAUAAAAACCAUAUAUGACAAAACUUUUGCUAUUGUAAAAUGCUUUUAAACUCCAAAAUUCUGUUAUUUUGCACAUGAUUCAUGUAAUUUUCUCUAAAAAAUCCUUUUCCUGUUUCUCUGAUUCUGCUGCAUUUCUUUCGUAUUUUUCUUUCUCUUCCUGGA